ACAGACAUGGGUAAGGUUUUAGAGCUAAUGGAGUGACAGUGUUUGGGUAGAACGAACGUAAUAUGUAAUCGUUUUACGUUCCACAAACCUAAUCAGAGUGAGGGAGAAUCAUUUGAGUCUUAUCUUACAGAUCUAGAGGAUCUAAUAAGCAGGUGUUUCUACAGUGAGAUGACAGAGGAAUUGAUGAGAGACAGACUUGUAUGUGGCGUACAUGAAGACAGCUUACGAAAGCAGUUAUUGGCUAAGACAGAAUUGCCAUUGACUGAAUGUAUAGAUUUGUGUCGGGCGCAUGAAUCAACCACAAAACAGGCCAAGGACAUGGCUGGAGGAGAAUCGAUCCGUGUGGUAAAGAAGAUGUUGAAAGGAUCGAAAGAGAGGAAGCCACUUUCAACUCGAGGAGAGUCUGAAUGUGCAAAUUGUGGCUUACAACACAGCAGCAAGAAAGCAGAAUGUCCCGCAGCAGACAAGGAGUGUAGAGACUGUGGAGCAGUUGGGCAUUUCAGCCGGAAGUGUAGAAAGAAGGCACGCAGAGACAAGAAGUCCUACAGUUACAGAAAGGGUAGAAUUUGUCACGUUGAAGAAGUGAGUACAGACAGUGAUGAUCAGGAAGAGCAAGUGAUGACCAUAUGCAUCACUUAACGACACAAGGGUACUGUGAAUGCGAUGCAGAAUAGUACAACCAAGAAGCAGUUAUUUGCAAAGGUGAUUGUGGAAGGCAAGCAAGUGAAAUUUCAGUUGGACGCUGGUGCCACCUGUAACACAAUUUGCAAAGUAGAUUUACCGUCUUCUGUAAUGAUCAAGCCGACAUUGAAAACAUUCAAUCUGUAACGUGAAUCA